AUGUUCUUCUUCUUUAGUGCUUUGGUCACUUCUCUAUCAGCGUCUAUCAUCAUAUUCAAAGUGGUAAUGAUGCAAAACGUCAUGAUUCCAGGCACUAAUCGUGCUGGCCUCAGUCUGAUGGACGACCAGGAUGGCACAACAGGAUAUUUUCCUUGGGCAGAUUCGAAGCAAGUUCGCAUCUUCUCUAACGAGUCAUGGGCCGACCCCGCAGCACAACGUUUCGACGAACUCCGCAAAGACGCCGUACGAAGUAGCUGGUUGGAAAUGUUUCCCUCGGACUGGCAAGGCAUAGCGGCACAGGCCGUCAAUACUGGGAAUAUUACGGCUCCCAGGACGCAAAUGUCAAUGUUUCAUCAGCUAGACUGUCUGCUUUCGAUUCUAGAUACCUUUCUCGAUCUCAACAGAACCAAGAGAGUGAAACCGACUGAAUAUACGUUCAAAUGCUUUAGCUACCUACAUUCAGCUCUGCUCUGUUGUAGUGAUACCGCACUUGAGGGCAGUGAUAUCUAUGCGGAAGCAGAGGGCAGGAACGGCACUUUGGGUAUUGGCUCGGCGCAUAUUUGCAAGUCAUUUAGCAAUUAG